CACGAGGGAAGGUGUGAUAAAACCAAACCUGAAAAGUUGUUGCAAGUAGGAAUCUCGCUUCUAGUUCUUUAUUAUCACGUGGAGAGAUCUGAGUGGCUGGGACGUGUCGUCGAGUCAAAGUAUACCCGUCAAAAUGGCAGCUGCAGCAGCAAGAAAACUGAUUCCUCUCUUUGAUAGAGUGCUCAUACAAAAAGCUGAAGCAAUCACCAAAACAAAAGGGGGUAUUGUUAUACCUGAGAAAGCACAAGGAAAAGUUAUGCAUGGAACAGUAAUUGCUGUAGGUCCUGGAGCCAGAAAUAAUGAUGGAAAACAUGUUCCACCUACUGUUAAAGUUGGUGAUAAAGUUCUUUUGCCAGAGUAUGGUGGUACUAAAGUAGAGCUUGAAGAGAGUAAAGAAUUUCAUUUGUACCGUGAGACAGAUAUCCUUGCCAAACUUAAUGAAUAAAGUGUUCCAUGUUACUGAAAAGUAAUCUCGUUACAAGACUUAGUAAGGUGUAGUUGCAUGAAUAAUAAUAUUGAAUGAAAAAGAGAAUGAAAGCCAGUGUGUUAUGUUGUGUUGUUUAAUCUUAGACAUUUUGUCUGAUUUCCACUUGUUUAGCUGUUGAGAAAAUGUAAAAGUAAUUUUUUAUGAAUAAAAGCUUGUUACAUUGAAA